AUGAUAUUAUUUCUCUUUUACUUUCUAUCAUUAUGUACUAAUACAAUCCAAGGUCAGCGUUCAUCAUCCAGUUGUUCGGUUCCAUUAUGUAACAGUCUAGGUGAUGCCAACAAUUCGACAUGUUCUUCAUCAAAAAUAUGUUAUCAAUAUCAAUUACCAAAUGGUACAGCAGUAUGUGGACCCAAUAUUACAUGUUCUUUAUUUGAUUUAUGUACAACACAAAAUAAAUGUACAACAACAAAUAAUACAUUAUGCAUUGUUAAUAGCUGUUGUAAUCAACCAGUGUGUAUGCCAUUAUCAUUAAUCAGUUUAUGUACACAACCAAAAACUCAACAAUCAUCAUCAGGUAAUUUGAAUAUAUGUUCAGGUGCAACAUGGAAUACAUCCAUACCUAUUACUGUAGCAGGUGGAAAUGGUGCUGGUGGAAGUUUACAACAGUUAUAUUAUCCUAAAUUCAUUGUGUUUGAUUCAAGUUAUACCAUAAUCUAUAUUAGUGAUGCUUAUAAUCAUCGAAUAUUGAAAUGGAUAAUAGGAGCAUUACAAGGUAGAAUAAUUGGUCCAAAUGGUGGUCAGAGUUCAUCAUCAAAUCAAUUAGAUUAUCCAUCAUGUUUAUAUUUAACAUCCGAUGGUGAUUUAUAUAUAUGUGAUAAUAAUAAUUAUAGAAUACAAAAAAUGUCAAUAUAUUUAAUUUUAACAAAUGCAACAACAGUUGCUGGUGCUAAUGGUCAAGGUUCACAAUUAAAUCAAUUAGGUGAUUGCGUAGAUAUAUAUGUUGAUACAAGUAAAACAAUUUGGUUAGUAGAGUUUGACAAUCAUCGUAUAACAAAAUGGCUUCAAGGUUCAACAUUUGGUAUUAUGUAUCUUGGUCAAUCAAGUCCAUCGCCUGGCUCGGGUGCUGGUGAUUAUAUCUUGGUCUAG